AUGCCCCUGUCCCCAGACAGCAUCAGAAGCUGCCUGGAGCAAGGCCUGGGGGACCCUGGGGACAGCCUGGCUGGCUCUGGGGCCCCUGCCAGCGAACUGGAGCUGAGCAUUGUACCCAGGAUCAUCAAUGGGACAGAUGCUCAUCCUGGCUCCUGGCCCUGGCACGUGGUGCUGCUGACUCCCUCUGGACUCCUCCUUGGUGGGGGCUCCCUUAUCAGCAAAAACUGGGUGAUCACUGCCGCCCACUGCAAUGUCACGACGUCUGACUGGGUUAUGACUGGGCUGUAUGACCGAAGCGCUCUUAAGGAUCAGGUUCUUCAGAAGCUGAGGAUUGCCCAGAUUUUUAGGCACCCCACGUUCUACUUUCCCACUUUAUUCAGUGACAUCGCCCUGCUGAAGCUGGAGGAAGCUGCUCACUUCCACCAGAUGGUGUCCCCGGUUCUCCUGCCCAGUGCUGACGACCAGUUCCUCCCUGGGACCUUGUGCACUGUUAUGGGCUGGGGUAAAACCCAGCCCGAUGCCACCAAGUUCCCUGAGAAGUUGCAGCAGGCCGACCUGCCUCUCCUGUCCACAGCCACGUGCAAGAAGUACUGGCACAGAAUCAGCACCUUUGCCACGAUCUGUGCUGGGCUCAAAGGUGGCUGCUCCUACACAGGCGACUCUGGUGGCCCCAUGGUCUGUCCUAAGAAUGGAACCUGGGUACUGGUGGGCAUCGUGUCCUGUGCCAGUAGAACCUGCCCCACCAAGAAGCCUCUUGUGGCCACCCGUGUCACUACAUUCAUACCCUGGAUUGAGGACAUCCUGGCUCACAACUAA